UACUGUUUCCUUAACAAGCCCCCUUUCCUCCAUUCCUUUAUCUUUCUUUCUCUCUCUUUUUUUUUUUGUGAUAUUUGAAUGGAAGGAUCGUUUGUCAAGUCCCCUGAAGAGGUAUGUGCCUAUUUUAAUGUCACUCCUCAUCAAGGCCUGUCAGAAUCUCAAGUUAUUGAACAACGCAAGAAAUUUGGACGCAAUGAAUUACCUGAGGAAGAAUCAACUCCAUUAUGGCAACUUAUUUUAGACCAAUUCCAAGAUCAACUUGUACUUAUUCUUCUUGGAGCAGCCAUCAUCUCGUUUGUGCUUGCUUGGUUUGAAGAACAUGAGGAUGCGGAAUCAGCUACAACGGCAUUUGUGGAACCCAUUGUGAUCUUGUUGAUUUUGAUUGCCAAUGCGACGGUAGGUGUGUUACAAGAAUCCAGUGCAGAAAAGGCGAUUGAUGCUCUCAAGGAAUACUCUCCCGAUGAAGCCAAGGUGGUCCGUAAUGGUGGUGUGUUGAGCAAGAUUCGAGCCGAAGAAUUAGUACCUGGUGAUGUGAUUGAUAUUUCUGUAGGUGACAAGAUUCCUGCCGAUGCACGGGUGUAUUCUAUUGGCACCAGUGUGUUCCGUGUUGAUCAAGCUUUAUUGACGGGUGAAUCAGUGAGUGUGAACAAGGAUGUGGAUGCUAUUGAUGAUAAGGCAGCCGUGAAACAAGAUCAAAUCAAUAUGGUCUUUUCUGGUACAACAUGUGUGUUAGGGAAAGCGCGUGCUAUUGUUGUGGCUACUGGUACUUCGACAGCUAUUGGUGAUAUCCAUACAUCUAUUACUUCUCAAAUCUCGGAAAAGACUCCUUUGAAACGCAAAUUGGAUGAUUUUGGUGAUACUUUGGCCAAGGUCAUCACUGUCAUUUGUAUUCUGGUCUGGUUGGUCAAUAUUCGUCAUUUCAAUGAUCCUUCUCAUAAUAGUUGGAUGCAUGGCGCUGUUUAUUAUUUCAAGAUUGCUGUGGCUCUGGCUGUAGCUGCUAUUCCAGAAGGUUUGGCUGCCGUCAUUACUGCUUGUCUUGCUCUUGGUACAAAGAAGAUGGCUAAACGUGGUGCUAUUGUGCGAAGCUUACCUAGUGUGGAAACUUUGGGUUGUACUAGUGUGAUUUGUUCUGAUAAAACUGGUACCUUGACAACAAAUCAAAUGAGUGUGGCUCGUGUAUUAUCUGUUGGUACGACUCAUGGUCAAGUGGAUGAAUUAAUUAUUUCUGGUACUAGCUAUGAACCCAUUGGUGAUGUGACCUUACCUGAUGGUUCUAUUGUGACCUCUUUACCUGCCAAGAACAAGGUUAUUCGGGAUAUUGCUCGUAUUUGUUCUCUUUGUAAUGAUGCUCGUAUUGCUUAUGAUGAGACAAAUGAUUCAUACAACAAUAUUGGUGAACCUACUGAAGCCGCUCUUCAAGUUUUGGUUGAAAAACUCGGAACUGACAACGAUGUAUACAAUAACUCUCUUCUUUCACUCUCCAAGAACAAACGUACAACUGCCUGCAAUGAUUACUUUACUCAACAAAAUGAGCGUCAUGCCACUCUUGAAUUUACUCGUGAUCGCAAAUCUAUGUCAGUGAUUGUAUCCUCUGGUCAUGAUACUUCUCUCUUGGUCAAAGGUGCUCCUGAAUCUAUCUUGGAAAGAUGUACCUAUGUUGCCACUCAUGAUACUGCUGCUCCUGUACCUUUAACUGCUGAUAUCCGUGAAGCCUUGAAUGCCAAGAUCUCUGAAUAUGGUCAAGGUCUUGCUCUCCGUUGUAUUGGUUUGGCCAAGGUUGAAAACGUUACACCUGGACAAUUCGAUCUACGUGAACAAUCUAAAUUCGCUACUUAUGAACAAGAAAUGACUUUUGUUGGAUUGGUUGCUAUGAUGGAUCCUCCUCGUCCUGAAGUGAAGAAUUCGAUCGAAAAGUGCAAGACGGCUGGUAUUCGUGUGAUUGUCAUCACUGGUGACAAUAAGAACACGGCUGAAGCCAUUUGUCGUGAUAUUGGUGUGUUUGACCGAGAUGAAGAUUUAACUGGAAAGAGUUUUACAGGCCGGGAAUUCGAUGUUUUAUCCAAGGAAGACAAGAUUAAAGCUGUUCAACAAGCCAGUUUAUUCUCUCGUACAGAACCUGCUCACAAACAAGAACUGGUGGAUCUUUUACAAUCUUUGGGUGAAAUUGUUGCUAUGACUGGUGAUGGUGUGAAUGAUGCUCCUGCUUUGAAGCGUGCUGAUAUUGGUGUGGCUAUGGGAUCUGGUACGGAUGUUGCUAAAUUGGCAGCUGAUAUGGUUUUAGCUGAUGACAAUUUUGCUACUAUUGAAAAGGCGGUUGAAGAAGGUCGUAGUAUUUACAAUAACACCAAACAAUUUAUUCGUUAUUUGAUUUCUUCCAACAUUGGUGAAGUGGUAUCUAUCUUUUUGACUGUCCUCCUUGGAUUACCUGAAGCAUUGAUUCCUGUUCAAUUACUUUGGGUUAAUCUUGUCACAGAUGGUCUUCCUGCUACUUGUUUGGCCAUGAAUCCUCCUGAUCAUGAUAUUAUGCGUCGUCCUCCUCGUAACGGUCGUGAAACUUUGGUAGAUGGCUGGCUCUUCUUCCGUUAUAUGGCUAUUGGUGUAUAUGUUGGUGUGGCUACUGUCUUUGGUUAUGUUUGGUGGUUCAUGUUUUACCAAGGUGGUCCUCAAAUCACCUAUUAUCAAUUGUCUCAUUUCCAUCAAUGUUCCGAGCUUUUCCCUGAAAUUGGUUGUCAAAUGUUUACAAAUACCAUGUCCAUGAAGGCUACUACUAUUAGUUUAUCUAUUUUGGUUGUAAUUGAAAUGUUGAAUGCUAUGAAUAGUUUGAGUGAAAAUGAAUCUCUUUUGACAUUACCUCUUUGGACCAAUCCUUACUUGGUGUUGUCUAUUAUCUUAUCAAUGGCUCUUCACUUUAUGAUUUUAUAUGUACCCUUCUUUACCAAGUUAUUUGCCAUUGUACCUUUGAAUAUGGAUGAAUGGAAAGGUGUAUUAUAUAUUUCAUUACCUGUCAUUGUAUUGGAUGAAAUCUUAAAGUUUAUUACUCGUACCUGGAUCCAACCUCCCGCCAUUGUCACCAAACAAAAAUCGAAGAAGGAAUAGAUUAGAUAUUACCCCUCUUUUUUUUUUUUUUUGUUGGAUUAUAUAUACACCCAUUACACAUAUAUAUAUAUAUAUUUAUGAUUGAAUAGAUUACUCCUCGUUCCCUCAAAUCUAUAAAGUACUUUUUAUUUUCAUAGAAUAGUUUAUUUUUGAUUGAAAUAAAAAGUCAAACUUCUUAUUAUAUACAUUUC